AUGUCUUCCAAUAACCAACACCAGCAGAUUGCCUGUAUCCAAGACCUCAAGAAGGCAGGAUCCGAGAAAUUGUCACAGUCUUAUCAAGACUACUACAAUGGCGGCGCAAUGGACGAAUUGACGCUUGAUUGGAAUGAAACCGCAUUCAACAAAUACCUUCUACGGCCGCGAGUCCUGCGCAAUGUCGAGAACAUCGAUAUGAGCACCACGUUGUGGGGCAAAAAGGCCGCAAUGCCCUUUGGCUUCGCUCCAAGUGCUAUGCAUCGACUCAUCCAUGCAGAUGGUGAGAUUGGUACAUCCAAGGCCGCAGCUGCCCGCAACGUGCCCAUGGUCCUGUCACUCCUGUCCAAUGACUCUCUGGAAGAUGUAGCGGCCCAGCGAACCGACGGCGCUACGCCGUAUGGCAUUCACAUCAGCCCGCUGAAUAAGCGCGAAGUCUUGAGCAACCUCCUCGUCCGAGCCAAAGCUGCCGGAUACAAUGCCGUUAUCUUGACCGUGGACGCCCCCAUGUAUGGCCGACGUCUGGCGGAUGAGCGUAAUAACUGGAGUAUCAUUCCACCAGGCGCGACUUUCCCCAACGUUGUCGCACAGCAUGUGAAGCCAAGUGAGAUUUCCGUCAGUGCAUCGGAAACUUGGGAAGAAUACAUUCCAUGGAUUCGAAGCCAGACAGAUCUCGAGCUCUGGGUGAAAGGAGUCACCUCCAAGGAAGAUGUUGAAAAUGCCAUCAAGCAUGGCGUAGAUGGCAUCAUCAUCUCCAAUCAUGGUGGUAGGCAGCUCGACCCCCCCCCUGCCACUAUCGACAUUCUUCGAGAGGUUGCACCGGUCGCCAAGGGCAAGAUCCCUCUAGCCUUGGAUGGCGGCGUUUACCGUGGCUCGGAUAUUUUCAAGGCUAUCGCUCUCGGAGCGUCCUUUGUUUUUGGUGGAAGAAUUGCCAUCUGGGGCUUAGCUUACAACGGCUCUGAGGGCGUUGGCCUAGGCCUGGAUAUCAUCAUGAAGGAGUUCAAAAUCUGCAUGGGCCUGACUGGAUGUACCAAGGUCUCAGACAUCGGCCCCCAUCAUCUGUCCAUUUUGCAAAGCAAUGGGCUCCUUGGAAGUGUGUACUAG